UAAAGAAAAUUAUUUAAUUUAGUAUUUAAUCUUCUGUAAAAGAAGUAGGUGCAUCCCUUCUUGUGCUGCCUAUUCACACCAACUCAAGCACUGGGCCCUCACUCAUUCAUUUAUUAAUUCAUUUGUUGAUUCCACCACAAAGAGAGACACGUUUCUACCUUUAUGAAGAUUAGUCUCAUAGAAAAGAUAGAAAAUAAACAGAUAAAGAAACAAGCAAAGUAAUUACAGAUCAUGGUAAGUGCCAAGAAUGUGAUAAACCAGGUUGUAUAAAACAGAAAGCCAGGUGACCUUCUUUAGGAAAAAUGACAGUGGAAGCUAAUACUUAUAAGACGAGAGCAAAUGUACUUUGCAAGGAGCCAAGUAUCCCUGGAAGAUGGAACACACAAGCAGUACUCCUUAAAGAAAAUAUUUAUAAAAUACAGAACACUUUUGGGUAGUGAAGACAUUAAUGUGUCUUAAUCUCAAAGAUCUAGUGAGAUUACAGCAGAUAAGUAGGUGGCUUUCAUCUUUCCCUUCCUCUAUUAAUCAGCCAUGGACCUGGUGUCCUGGGAACAAUCUCCUCAAGCUAGGAACAAAGUACAGUAUUCUAUUCCCACCCCUCACACUUUCCUUUCUAUGUAUACUCUCUUGUAUGGAAUUUCAAUGAAAUCACUUGUUUUGAUUCUAAUUUAUUCAAUUCUUCAGCAAAUACAAGCCAUCAGGUACAAAGGAUGGCGCUAGAUCAAGUCUAACUAGAAUACCGUUUCUCUUCGAAGAGUGCCCCAAAUUAAGUUAACUCUCCAUCCAUCUUUCCGGUUUGAGAUAAUGUAUUUAGGUAAUCUUAAUUGAAUGUUUCUCAAAUGGCAUUUUUUUCCUAUAAAUAAUACAAUAAAAAUAACCUGAGGGCCUCGGGUUUACUAAUUGGCUUCAUCUAGACUGGCUCCAAGAGGAGCAGAUGGAAAAACACUGUGGCAUUGACAUUCUUUUUCAACCACUGCACAAAAAAUCCUAGGGACAGAAAUAGGAAUUUGACUUCAUGGCAAAAUAUAGCUCCUGGGUCCUACUUUUUCCUCUAUUGCCUGUUCUCGCCACCUGCUCACAUCCCUGCUAUCCAAGGACUUAGGUCAUUCACCAAGUGCAUGGAUACCAACUCUUUAAAUAGGUAGCAAUAAGCAUCAGAACAGGAUGGGACCAGUAGAUCAUCACAGGGUCAUGCUUCCCUAAGCUUAUCACCCCAGCCACCCAGAGGCCAACUUUAUUUUAAAGCUCAGAAGCAAUCUUUCUUCUACUAGCCAGAGAUGCCAUAGCAUGGUGCAAAAGACUCCAAAUGAAGGAGCAGUUCUGCGAAUCCCUUUAUGGAGGGGGUGUGUGCCCAACAUUUGUGGGAACUUCAUUACCCCAAGGAACACAGAUAUGUUCCAGAAGCUAUUAUUUCCAAAUAGCAAUGAAUUUCUCCUCAAAUAGCCUCAUAGGGUGUUGGCUAUAUGUGAAGUCUUUGAUAUAAGAUUCAAAAUCUUCAUAAACUACACAAGGUAGUGUUUUCCCUUAAGCUAGAAGCACAGAGUUUGUCUAUUUUAUCAGCUUAAAAAUUGGUGUGAACCUCAUGACCCAAACAUGCAGAAGCAUGACCAGGUCUUGUGAACUUUGGACUGUGUGUGCUGACAAAUUCACAGUUUUUUAAAAGUGCUAUUCAUUUGUUAGUACUGAUUGGCAAAUAAAAUUAAGUGACUCUUCACCAUCAGAACCUGAAAGCUUACCAUUAUGAGAUACAAAGACAGCUUUCAAACAAGCUAGGCAAAGAAGAAAUUAUUGAGAUCACAGUUCCUUGCAGUCAUGAAUUUGUAUAGGAUUUCAGCAGCUGUGAUCCUUUAUAACAUUGUUAAAGAGGGGCUGAGCAGGGAACCAAGAUGACAUUAAAUGGUACAUUGUCCACAUCAUUAAAUAACAUCCAAUCCCAUAUAGAGAGAAUUAUUCCACUUUCAGUUCUCCUUCAGGCUUUUAGGUGAGGAAAGUUAGUUGUUGGAGGUAUGAUUUAAACACCUCUCCAGGCCCUGCUAACCUUUUUAAGUCCCGAGAGCAGGACUAGAACGCAGAGCUUUUAGUAGAUGACAGUGUCUAGGUAGAAGUUGAUCAUGAUUUCGCUUGUUUGCAAUUGUUUUUAUAAUUACCGUCCAUUUGUGGGAAAUGAUACUGAUAUUCCACUUAUAAGAACAAUAUAUAUUUUCUUUUUGGUAUAAGUUUAUUUAAGUAACAAAGUGAAUCCACGCAUAAAGUCAUUAGGUAAUUAACAGAAUAGGUGUCAAUUGGACAUGGAAUUGGAGAUACACUGAUUUUUAAAAUUACAACAACAUCCUCUUAAGGCUCCAAUUGACUAACUCACAAAACAUCCUAUGAAUAUUUUCCUCCAUUAAACAUGAUAUCAAAUUCAGCCUUCCUUUCACAAGCACCCUCACACUCCCACAGGACUACUGCAAUCACCUAGUCAACCCUCCUACUCCUUCAUAAAUGAAAUAAAGUCAGAAAAGAUUUAGUGCCUUGCCGAGUCCCUCAGCUUGUCAGAAAUUAAAAUUCACAAGGGUGUUGUAAGGAGAAGAAUGAUUGUAUAAAAUUCCUUACAUGCCUCAAACCCGGUGCAUUAGAUGGGAUUAUGUUUGGCAUAUGUUGAACUAGGAAAAGACAGAAGAGCAAUUAACCAAACCAAAUGUUCUUUAUUAUGUCUUUAUCUGCACAUGGGAAGUUUCUCAUAACUUAAUCAGAUCUAGAGGCAAUAAUAAUAAUUAAUUCCGAAAGGCAAAUUGUAUCUGUAAGUAAACAAAAUGUUAUUGGGCCUAUUGAAUAAAUUACACAUUCUGUAAGGAUAAAAGCCCCAAAUGGAUUAAGGAAUGACUAAAGUUGUCAUCUAAUUACUUCUUGGAAGGAAUUUAGAGGUUCCUAUAGAUGGAAGCAGUGUGUCUGGGCACGUGCCCAGAGCCAGAAGUGAGCAUGAGCACAGCAAUUCCUGACCUCAAAAAAAAGGAAAUAAUGCUUUGCAGUCCAUCGUUAUGCAAACUUUGCUGGAAAAGAAAAAAUGAAAAUGGACAAAGAAAAUAUGGUGGCCCUCCACCUGGCUGGGAUGCUGCACCCCCUGAAAGAGGCUGUGAAAUUUUUAUUGGAAAACUUCCCCGAGACCUUUUUGAGGAUGAGCUUAUACCAUUAUGUGAAAAAAUCGGUAAAAUUUAUGAAAUGAGAAUGAUGAUGGAUUUUAAUGGCAACAAUAGAGGAUAUGCAUUUGUAACAUUCUCAAAUAAACUGGAAGCCAAGAAUGCAAUCAAGCAACUUAAUAAUUAUGAAAUUAGAAAUGGGCGCCUCUUAGGGGUUUGUGCCAGUGUGGACAACUGCCGAUUAUUUGUUGGGGGCAUCCCAAAAACCAAAAAGAGAGAAGAAAUCUUAUCGGAGAUGAAAAAGGUUACUGAAGGCGUUGUCGAUGUCAUCGUCUACCCAAGCGCUGCAGAUAAAACCAAAAACCGAGGCUUUGCCUUUGUGGAGUAUGAGAGUCAUCGAGUGGCUGCCAUGGCAAGGAGGAAACUGCUACCAGGAAGAAUUCAGUUGUGGGGACAUCCUAUUGCAGUAGACUGGGCAGAGCCAGAAGUAGAAGUUGAUGAAGAUACAAUGUCUUCAGUGAAAAUCCUAUAUGUAAGAAAUCUUAUGCUGUCUACCUCUGAAGAGAUGAUUGAAAAGGAAUUCAACAAUAUCAAACCAGGUGCUGUGGAGAGGGUGAAGAAAAUUCGAGACUAUGCUUUUGUGCACUUCAGUAACCGAGAAGAUGCAGUUGAGGCUAUGAAAGCUUUAAAUGGCAAGGUGCUGGACGGUUCCCCCAUUGAAGUCACCCUAGCAAAACCAGUGGACAAGGACAGUUAUGUUAGGUACACCCGAGGCACAGGUGGAAGGGGCACCAUGCUGCAAGGAGAGUACACCUACUCUUUGGGCCAAGUUUAUGAUCCCACCACAACCUACCUUGGAGCUCCUGUCUUCUAUGCCCCUCAGGCUUAUGCAGCAAUUCCCAGUCUUCAUUUCCCAGCCACCAAAGGACACCUCAGCAACAGAGCCAUUAUCCGAGCCCCUUCUAUUAGAGGGGCUGCGGGAGUGAGAGGACUGGGCGGCCGUGGCUAUUUGGCAUACACAGGCCUGGGUCGAGGAUACCAGGCCAAAGGAGACAAAAGAGAAGACAAACUCUAUGAUAUUUUACCUGGGAUGGAGCUCACGCCAAUGAAUCCUGUCUCGUUAAAACCCCAAGGAAUUAAACUCGCUCCCCAGAUAUUAGAAGAGAUUUGCCAGAAAAAUAACUGGGGACAGCCAGUGUACCAGCUGCACUCUGCCAUUGGACAAGACCAAAGACAACUAUUCUUAUACAAAAUAACCAUUCCUGCCCUAGCCAGCCAGAAUCCUGCAAUCCACCCUUUCACACCUCCGAAGCUGAGUGCCUAUGUGGAUGAAGCAAAGACGUACGCAGCCGAAUACACCCUGCAGACCCUGGGCAUCCCCACUGAUGGAGGCGAUGCUGGCACCAUGGCUACUGCUGCUACUGCUUUCCCAGGAUAUGCUGUCCCUAAUGCAACUGCACCUGUGUCUGCUGCCCAGCUCAAGCAAGCGGUAACCCUUGGACAAGACUUAGCAGCAUAUACAACCUAUGAGGUCUACCCAACUUUUGCAGUGACUGCUCGAGGGGAUGGAUAUGGCGCCUUCUGAAGAUACUUUUUUAAAUUUAAGAAUAAGACACACAAAACUCUAUUAAAAAAAAAAAAAAAAAAACCUCUAACUCGGUCCCCCAAUGAUCAUAAAUAAUAUCUUUCCUAAAGAAAUGCCUUUCCAGAGACAGUAUAGCUUAUAUCAAUUGUAGAAUGGUGAAG